AUGCCCCGCAACCACGGCGGCGGGGAGGAGGGCGGCUCCGCGGGGCUCUGGGUGAAGAGCGGCGCGGCAGCGGGCAUGAAGGAUGUGGAGUCGGGCCGGGGCAGGGCGCUGACGAGCUCGGCGGCCCGCGGCGACGGCCUGCUGCUCCUGGGCACCGGCGGCGCGGCCGCCCCCGCCGGGCUGCGGGAGGGCCGCCGCGGGAAGCACGGCGCCCGCAUGAGCCUGCUGGGGAAGCCGCUGUCGUACAGCAGCGGACCGAGCUGCCGCAGGAACGCCAAGUACCGCCGCCUGCAGAACUACCUGUACAACGUGCUGGAGCGGCCCCGCGGAUGGGCUUUCGUCUAUCACGCCUUCGUUUUUCUCCUUGUGUUUGGUUGCUUGAUUUUGUCCGUGUUUUCUACUAUUCCUGAGCACACAAAACUUGCCUCUGGCUGUCUCUUCAUUUUGGAAUUUGUCAUGAUUGUUGUCUUUGGUUUGGAAUUUAUUAUUCGCAUCUGGUCUGCUGGGUGCUGUUGUCGAUACCGAGGAUGGCAAGGAAGACUGCGCUUUGCAAGGAAACCCUUCUGUGUAAUAGACAUCAUUGUUCUCAUCGCUUCAAUAGCAGUUGUUUCUGCAAAAACUCAAGGUAACAUUUUUGCAACAUCAGCACUGAGAAGUCUUCGUUUCCUACAGAUCCUUCGUAUGGUGCGCAUGGACCGAAGAGGAGGCACUUGGAAAUUAUUAGGUUCUGUAGUUUAUGCACAUAGCAAGGAAUUAAUCACAGCCUGGUACAUAGGAUUUUUGGUACUCAUCUUUUCAUCUUUCCUGGUUUAUUUGGUGGAAAAAGAUGCAAAUACUGAAUUCUCCACAUAUGCAGAUGCUCUCUGGUGGGGCACAAUCACAUUGACAACCAUUGGCUAUGGAGACAAAACUCCUCUUACUUGGCUUGGAAGGUUGCUUUCUGCAGGAUUUGCUCUACUUGGCAUUUCUUUCUUUGCACUACCUGCUGGCAUCCUUGGCUCAGGAUUUGCAUUGAAAGUGCAGGAACAGCAUCGUCAGAAACACUUUGAGAAAAGAAGGAAUCCAGCUGCAAGUCUAAUUCAGUGUGUAUGGCGUAGUUAUGCUGCUGAUGAGAAAUCGGUGUCUAUUGCUACCUGGAAGCCUCAUUUGAAGGCCUUGCAUACCUGCAGCCCUACAAAAAAAGAACAAGGGGAAUCUUCUAGCAGUAAGCUUUGUAGUAAUAAACAGAAGCUCUUCAGGAUGUACAUCCCUCGGAAACAUAGUCAAAAGCUAAGUUUUAAGGAGCGGGUCCGGAUGGCCAGCCCACGAGGUCAAAGUAUAAAAAACAGGCAAUCUUCAGUCGGAGAUCGCCGGUCACCAAGUGCUGACAUUGCCACCGAAGGCAGCCCAACCAAAGUGCAGAAGAGCUGGAGCUUCAAUGACCGAACCCGCUUCAGGCCCUCGCUGCGGCUGAAGAGCUCCCAGCCCAAACCCAUGGUCGAUGCUGACACCAGUCUUGGAACAGAUGAUGUUUAUGAUGACAAAGGGUGCCAGUGUGAUGUGUCUGUAGAAGACCUCACCCCUGCUCUUAAAACUGUCAUUAGAGCUAUCAGAAUUAUGAAGUUUCACGUUGCAAAGAGGAAGUUUAAGGAAACACUUCGCCCUUAUGAUGUCAAAGAUGUAAUUGAACAGUAUUCAGCAGGUCAUCUCGACAUGUUAUGCAGGAUUAAGAGUCUUCAGUCACGCGUUGACCAAAUUCUUGGAAAAGGACAAAUCACAGCAGAUAAAAGAAGCAGAGAAAAGAAUCCUGCAGAGCAUGAGACAACAGAUGAUGUCAGUAUGUUAGGGCGGGUAGUCAAAGUGGAGAAACAGGUACAAUCCAUUGAGUCAAAACUGGACUGUCUAUUAGAUAUUUAUCAACAAGUUUUGCGAAAAGGAUCUGCCUCUGCGCUCACUUUGGCUUCAUUUCAAAUGCCAGCUUUUGAGUGUGAGCAGACUUCUGAUUAUCAGAGUCCAUCAGACAGCAAAGAUUUGUCUAAUUCUGCACAACUUAGUGGAUGUGUAUCCAGAUCAGCUAGUGCCAAUCUGCCUCGUGGCCUACAGCUUAUACUGACACCAAACGAAUUUAGCACUCAGGCUUACUAUGCUUUUAGUCCAGCUAUGCAUAGUCAAGCAACACAAGUGCCAAAUGAUGGACCUGCAACAGUUAAUAAUACAUCAAACCAAAUAAACCAGACAACUAAGCCAGCAACUCCGACAACAUUACAAAUACCACCUUUCUCAUCGAUGAAGCAUAUCAAUAGGCCUGAGCCCAUUCAUAUUAUUCCUGUAACCAUGCAGGAAAAUAUUUCUAAUGUCACCGCUUGCCUUGUUGCAUCAAAGGAUAAUGGACAAGUUGCACAGCCCAGUGCAACAAAGGAUCUCACAUGGAGAAAAAGUCUGGAUACAGAAGGGGAACCUUUGCUCUCAGUUAAACCUGUGGUGCAAAUGGAUUUAGGAAAAUCUUUAUCUGUACAAAACCUUAUACAGUCAACAGAAGAACUGAAUAUACAGAUUGCUGGCAGUGACUCCAGUGGUUCCAGAGGUAGCCAAGAUGUAUACUCCAAAUGGAGGGAGUCAAAAUUAUUUAUAACAGAUGAAGAGUUGGAGACAGAGGCAGGGACAGAGACUACUGAAGCCAUCUCGCGCCCGUUAGUGGAAACAACUCUCUCUGCUGACUCUCUAAGGACUGGAAUAUCAAGAUCAUCUCAAAACAUCUGCAAGCCAGGGGAUGGUACAGAAGCACUCAAUCUGCUCCACAUCAAACUCAAAUAA